AACAUAUAUCUCUUUAACACCUUUUGAUUUUCACAUCGCCUUUUCUUGUCUUUACUCGGUUCAAGAAAUGGUUCGAAACCUAAAGAACAUGAUGCUUCGUGGGUUUGGCCUCGUGUGUCUGUUCAUGGUCGUUAACAAAGCCUACGCCAGAGAGUUUGCGGUCGGUGGUGCAAAAGGUUGGACCGUCCCUUCCGGUUCUCAAGUUUACAGUCAAUGGGCAGAACAGAGCAGAUUCCAAAUCGGCGAUUCUCUCCUGUUCGUCUACCAACCAAACCAAGAUUCAGUGCUCCAAGUCACAAGAGACGCUUACGACAGCUGCAACACGGACGCACCAACCGCUAAGUUCGCCGAUGGCAAAACUUCCUUCGCACUAACCAGCUCUGGGCCAUACUAUUUCAUCAGUGGAAACAAAGACAACUGCAAAAAGAAUGAGAAGCUCGUGGUCAUCGUCAUGGCUGAUAGAAACAAGGCCACAUCACCGCCGUCUCCAGCUCCGGCUCCCUCUGGAGAAUCCGCUCCUUCUCCGCCUGUCACAGGAACCGUUGAGAUGACCCCAGCACCUAUGCCUACUCCAUCUCAAGAAACUCCAAACAACAACGCAGCUUCUCCAUCUGCUUCCUUUGUCGCUGCUCUUCUCGGGGCUGCUCUUGCUUCCACUCUAUUCCUACACUAAGAAGUAUUCUCUUUUGUCUUCUGUUUUCACUCUGUAAACAGUCUUUUCCCUUUCUCUUUUCACCCGAGUUUGUGUCAAUUGGUGUUUGUUGUUUGAUUUUAACCGAUUUGUUUCUCAUGUAAAUGAAUAAAAAAACUUCUACUUGUGUGCAUGUUACUGA